AUGAUGCUUUCUGUGCUGUUUUUGAUAUCUUUGUUUGUUCCUUUUGUAAAGGCCGAUGAUAAUUGGGAUGAUUUUACGAAUAAUCUUGCAACCGACUUGGCUCCUUUAAUCACCUUGUUCGGCGAACGACUCACGAAACAAUUCCUGUCCGAGUCGAUCAGCGUCCUCGAUAAUGUUAUCUUCGCCCUUUCACCACUGGGAGUUUUGACGGCCGUAGUCUCGGUGAUCAGGAUAUGCGGAAGUUCUUCCCUCAGAGCAUUCGUUGGAAGAGCACAAGAAGGUCCUGCGGAAGCUGAAAGCGAACUGCUUCCUUGCGUUUCGGAAUCCACUGCCGAGCUAUUCAACGAUGGCGGCAUUACACGAGUUUUUGGCCGGCCCAAGAUCGUGGAGAUAGUUGCUUGGCAAGACGAGGAUCCGAGGACUGGAGAAAAAUCGACAAAGUUUGGCACUUUGAAAGAUGCUCUUGAUGAAAAGGCUUGGACUUGUCAGGGCAAAGGUCCACCCAGUGAACUACCAGAAUUGGACAUUCCCAACCUGUCGUUGAACAAGGGCAUCAAGCGAAGAGAUCCAGUUUGGUUCCAUUGCGCUGCCAUACUCGGGGGAAUCCUACAGACUGGCACUGUUAUAUACGCUGCGCUCACAGUGUUUGUGUAUCCACAGCAUUUCAAAAAAGACGAUAAAGCAGUUGCAUCAUAUGCAUUUCCUUUCUAUUUCACCGGGACGACCCUUCUCUUCAUCGGGAUGUUCUUCUGUGCAUUUAUCAUGGAGCGAUCGUCGAAGGAAUACUAUUUCAAACCAGAGAAACCCGGAAGCAAGCUUUACUGGCUGCAGCCCGGUAAUCAGAAUGUGGGAGAUCAAGUCUUUAAUGCCUUCCUAGCUGUCAAAGAAGGCUCAGAGUCUUCAAUGACUUAUAUCAAAUCGAUCAGAGAUCGAAGAUUUGAUAGAAAAUAUGUGGAGAUCUACUCUACCCUUGCGUCCACCAUCCUGGGGUUUAUCUUGCAGUUCGUCGGCCUAAGAGGUCUUCACGCCUCUGUCAUUCUGGCCCAGCUUGGAUCGACAUUUCUCAUGGCGAUCAUACGUACCUGCCUGCGCACGGAAAGAAUGGCACCGGAUGAAAACAAGAUGAAAGAUGAUCGCGAACUCAUGUCUCAUAAACAGCUGGAGUUAGACUGCUUUGCCUUCUAUCUCGAGAAGAUCGAGUCAUUCAAUCUGGUCUCGCUGCCUGAUCGGCCUGCGACUAUGUCUUCUCCAAGGCCCAUGCCUUAUAUUGGCGCACCACUGGCAAAGCAGGUGAUUCGAACGAGAGCUCAGCUAGCAAGGCUCACCUUUAGUUCAAAACACAGCUUGAACGUUGAUUGGGAUGAAAUGCCUAUUCGUCAAAUGGCCCAAAACCUCACGAGGACAAUCGAGUUGACGAUGGAUUUGAUCUCUAGUUGGGGAGGGGAUUUAGGGAAGACGUUUCAGUUCCGACUUGGGUUUGAUUGCCACAGACAUUCUUCUGGUUCUAGCCCUCGAUCUUCAGGGACGUAUUCAAUCGGCCUCAUGCGAUGCGGUGACGCCCUGCGAUGGAAAGCGGAUGUCAGCGAGCUAGAAGCAGUUCUAGGCUUAUGGACUUGGUCACUUUACAAGUCAAAUAAAGACUGGCGGGAUUCAACUCUUUGUCGCCUUGUUGGAUUGAGCGAAGAUGAGGCAACCAGAGAAGAAACAUUCCUCUACUAUUACAAAUGGAUCUUCCGACAAACUGAAGCAAGGCUAGUCCCGUCAAAAGAAUUCGACGGCUCAUCACGCUUGUUUGGCUUCGAAUCCAUUGACCCAUCCUUUGUUGGAAAAUUGUUGGCCGUGAGGACAGCAAAUGAGCUUGAGACCAUGGUAGCCCAGGAUAUUUAUAUUCAGUUUCUCAAGGAAAUUUUCAUCCACGUGGCAGAUUUGGGUGGAAAUGUCGAUGUUGUUCCGGGCUUACAAGGUUCAUUUGUAGCAUCAAGUACUCCGGUCAAUGAGCUCAUCCGUUGCUUUGAAGAUGGCAACUUGGGCUCACGGGAGGAUGCGUUACUGUGCAUCGUUCCUGUCCUCAGAUAUCGGCGCCUUUUACCAGAUCUUGCGGCAGAUUCGGCCAAGGUCAGGGCCAGCAGGGAUCGUUACAUUGAGAAUGGGAACUGGAACAGUGCCUUUUCGCUGCUCCGUUGGAUAUGCGAGCGGUCAGAGAAAUCCCAGUUUGAGCGAUCAGUCUACGAGUUAGGCUUCCUGUGCCGUCGGGCACUAUUGAAUACUAACAAACAAGUCCGUAAGCAAGGAGUCGAACAAACCUGCGCACUUCUCAAAUCAGACAUCAGAGAGGAAUUCUUUGAAGCCCAUUCAGCGCUGCCAUCCUCGCACUGGCCCGCAUCCCGGGAUCGUGUCGCAUGGUGGGACUCGUUCUCGCGCCAGCUUGGGUGGAUUGCGUGGAAUAUUUCGACCAAUGUACCAGGCAUGGCAUUCUGCCAACCCAUUUUCAGAUCUCUGAAUGUGUCUGAGGAUCUACGAUGUCCGAAUGAUAUGAAUCAAGAUCCAGAAGCAACCCAGAAGGGAAUUCGGGCUUUGAAAGAUUGGCUUACGCUGUACAAGAUUGAUGAUAUCGACCGCGAGGGAUAUGGCGAAGACGAGAGACUGGGCUUUGAAUGGAUUGUCAGAAACAACUUCCAUGCAUUGCUGCAUUUCCUGUUGUUGAGAUGGGUAGAGUUCAGCGACGACCUUCCCAUUUUGGUUCGGAUUGGGUAUAGCCUCGCAGCAAGAAGCAGAUCUGACCGAGCACUUGAUAUACUUCGCCGACAGAAUGCGGACAUUGAAAUAAUAGAUCCAGACAACCGCUCAGCGCUGAGUGAUCUGGUCUAUACCCGCGACUUAGAGGGAAGUCGACUGCUACUGCAAAAUGGAGCCGAGCCAAACGGCAACCUGCAACAGUCGAAGAUUAGCCCACUUGGAAUCGCCGCCCAUCAAGGCUAUGACGAAAUUGUGGAAUUACUUCUACACUUCGGAGCCAGCAUUGAGAUGACUGACCAUGUUGGUCUCCGAGCCCUGCAUUGGGCAGCCAGAAAUGACCAUCUCGAUACUGUCCGCUUGCUAUUAUCCCAUGGUGCGGAAAUUGAUCCAACGGGAUUAGACAACUUGACACCGCUCCUUUCGGCUGCCAUGAAUGGACAGAUUCUCAUGGCUGAGCUGCUCAUAAAAGAAGGUGCAAAUGUCAAUGCCCGAGGCCAGUACGGUCAAACUGCGCUGAUGAUAUCUAUCAAUAUACCAGACCCGAUCCCGAUGUUCCAAUUACUCUUGGACAACGGCGCCAGACUUGAUUUGUGUGAUCAGAGCGGAUCAACUGUUUUAGAUCUGGCUAGGCAAUACAAUAAUAUGGAGGCGAUAUCUUUCUUCGAAAUAGCACGCAUGGCGUAG